UCUCCACUGUGUUGCAUCUGUCUGCCUCGCUGCUGCUGCUGCUGCUGCUGCUUGUGUGUCGGAGUGUGUGUAUGUGUGUGUAUAUGUGUGUGUGUGCUGUGUAAAAACCCAGUCGAGCCGGUGGCAGAGCUACAGAGACACGGGGGAAGGAAGGAAGGAAAAAGCAUCUGAGAAAAGGCAGAAGGAAAGCGGGAGUGGGAGACAGCGAUGAAGCCCAUCCAGGCUCUGUGCUUGCUGCUGCUCUGUCCGGCUCUGAGCCUCCACAGCAGACAAAACUACGAUGGGCUGGAAAAGAAGCUGAAAGAAGUGUUCAGUGAACGCAGCAGCAUCCUGCACCAGCUCUCCAAGACGUCAAAAGAGUUGGACAGCAUAAAAGGCAACCUUCAGUCGCUGAAAAAUGACGACUCAGUGGCAAAGAAGGACGUGCAGAGGAUCCUGGAGUUGAGCCACAAACAGAGGGAGGAGAUGAAGUCCCUCCAGGCGGCGUUGCAGAAGCAGCUGGACGAGGCCAAUGACAGAGCAGAGAAACAACAGGCCACGAUCAAAUUUCUGAAGGUGGAGAUGGAGAAAAAAACCAAAAUCAUCAAGGAUUUACAGCAGGAGAACAAGAGCUUGAAAAACAAACUCCUUUCCGGAAACAAACUUUGUGACGCCUAUGCUGAAGAGUCCAAAAAAAUCCAGGCUCAACUGAAAGAACUGCGGUACGGGAAAAAGGAUUUAAUUUUUAAGUCAUGUCUUUGUGCAGGACAGCAGCUAAUGGACCUGGAGCACAAGUUAACUAUAGCCAAGGAGGAGCUGGAGAAGACGGCACUGGAUAAGGAGUCUCAGCUGAAGGCGCUGAAGGACACCGUUCACAUCUGCUUCUCCGCCGUCCUGCACAACCAGCCGGGCAGCGCCCACAGGUUUCCCCACGUCCCCCUCCCACCUGUUCAGAUACUAUCACUCAUCAACAGCUCCAGAGUCACCUUUCAGCAGCCACAUGCCAAGAAUAUUUCCAAAGUACAAAAAACAGUUUACAUUGACUGGAUUUAA